AUGAUCGUUCCAAAAGUGCAUCUGUUUGGUGUGCUUGGUUCGUGGUUGUUAAUCGUUGUAAUAAUCUUCGAUAAGCCAGCUUCCGCCGAAUUGGCAACGUUCGAUUACUGCAUCAAAGCGAAUCCGUCGGUUGGAUUGCUGCAGUGUGCUGGCCAGCAAGCGUUAGCAUCCUUACAGUUCCUUGAAGAAGCCAGCAAUCUAACGUUGACUAGUGGUUUGCAAAUCAUCAAGGAUGAAUCGAAUCCCUCAGCGCGGAUCUUACCCAAUUUCGUCGAUCAUGAUCCGUUGGAUUUUCGAGGAAUCCUGGAGAAUGCCGGAGCCAUGAUUUCGCAACGACAGCUUCUCUGGGAUAUGGGCAUCAUUUACCCAGGGUUGAAGCUCAAACUGGGACCGUCGCUGGGAGCUGCCGGGGUGCUGGAAUUCGUGUUGGAUCCGAGCACACGUAACGGCGAGCGGUCGUACUUCGAGGAAAAAUCAACAGCACGCAUUUUGACACGGAACUUCAUCGUUCCGUUUCUGCUCGGGCUCAAGUUCAACCUGGCCACGCUGCUGCCGCUGGUGUUCGGCGGUUUGAUACUGUUGAGCAAGAAAGCUCUGAUACUGGGUAAAAUAGCUCUGUUCGUGUCGGGUUUGUUCGGCUACGGAAGUCUCUAUACGCCUGGAAUCGGCUAUGGAUUCGCUUCACCGGGGCUCGGGGCUGGCUUCGGUGGUUUCCCGUACAAGCCGUACCGGUACAGUGAUGCCCUUAGCGAUAAACCGGACUGGAGUGGACAGCAUCAGCAUUAUCAGCACAGCCCUCCCAGCCAUCAAAGCGACGGUGGCUAUCAUCACCACGAGAGUCACUUACAAAGCGAUGACAGCACCGGUGGCGGCUAUACCUCUUUCGGUAAGAAAACGGACAAAUUUCUUAACUUGGACGAACGGUUGGAGCCGCAAGCUUCCAGUAUGGUAGAUAAAUUUUACGAGUUCGAAAAGCAGCAGAUGAUGAACGACCGAACGUCGAGAUUAUUCGAGAGAAAAUUCUACGAAGCCAACCAAGAGAAGCUGGGCGAUGGCGGUGGAGGUGCCAGUGGGAAUGCGCCUAGUUCUAGUGAAUUACCGAAAGGAGAUGGUUACACGUUUGUGACUGCUACCGCUACCGACAGUGGAGAUCGAAAUGGACGAUCACUUCCGAUGGACGGUGGAUACAGGAAUUUCGCUUGGAGCGAAGCAUGA